AACUGAAGCCUCUUUGUUAUUAACCCUGUGCUUAUGGCUGUUGUAUUAGUAUAAAGAUGUGUGUAAUCUUCUGUAUCGUCAGUCUGAACAGCGCCAGCCUUUGGCGUGGACGCUUUGUGCACAUCUCUGGCUGUAUUUUCUAUUUCACCUUGGUGACCCAGUAAAGGCUAUUUACAGAGAUUUUUGACUCUUUGAUUUAUUCUAUUCAUCAAGCUUUACGAACUUUAACAUUUGGCGUAGUCGGCAGGGUACCUUUGGGACAAGAUAGCACGGACGUAUAAGUGGCAAUAGUGCAACUGAGGUUCGGAGGGGGAUGUUUGUGCACUCUCCUGGCCCCUUGAGCCAGGUCCCCAAAUCCAGAGGCACUGUGCUCCCAUGCCGUGGUCUGAUCUCAAACUCCCAACUGGUAUCCGAACGAACAAAGAAUUGAGGUGCGGCGGGGACAGGCGGCGACCAGAAGGGGAGUGGGUGAAGUGGCCACGCUCACGCUCCUUGUUCCCGGCGCCGCGGCGAAGCUUCUGCUGCUCGGACCCCGGCCACCGGGACCAUCACUCGGUGUUGCAGGAGGUGAAGGAAAUGGAAUCUGCUGUGGAAAGGUUGACAGAUGAACAGAAGCAGCUACUGACUGCACUGGCAUUGCUGGAGGAGCAGCUCAGCCAGACACGGCUGGAACUGCAGACUGCACAUGUGGCACAGAAGGACAUGGACCCCAGCAUGCAAGCUUUGGAAAGCAGACUUCAAAAACAAAGAUGCUGCAGCAUUCAAACUAAUUGAACAGCGGGUGAAUAACAACUGGGGUCAUCCAGAAUACACUUGCCUGUACCGGUUCUGUGUCCACGGAGAAGCAGCGAUGUGAUUCUGGAGGUCAGCUACCCCGCACUGUGCAACACUAACAACCUCUACGUAAUCUGGAUUCAAAGUUGAUUUCCUGCAACAAUGUAAAUUUCUGUCAUAAAUGCUAAUAGUGUUUUAAAUUAUUGAUAAGUAUUUUGUAU